AUGCCUGCUGGAGUUUCCUGGUCUCGCUAUCUUAGCUAUACCGCCGUCGCUAUGCUUACAAUGUUAGCCGGCGCACAGACGGUUCAUUACUUCUACAAGCCUCUAGACGACUUGAAUAUACUGAUAGAACAGGAAUAUGAGAAACAACUGAAGGAGCGAAAGGGGAGAAGUUAAUUCCAACUUAUCUCGCAUCAUUGUACGUCAAGAUCUUUUGUAGAAUCAUAUAAUGCUUAAACAUCUAAAUAUAUAA